AUGUCCGUAAACAUGACCGAAGAAGUCCAGAGCGACGAGAUGUUCAAGAAACUCGACGCGUUGAAAGAUAUCAGAGACAAAACUGAAAAAUUGGAAACUCUAAAAAUGAACAUUUUGAAAGAAAUUGAAGCAAGUGAUCAAGAAGAUAAAUGUCUUAUUGAGUAUCGCAAAGAAUUGGAACUGCUACUACAAGAAAAAAUGGCACAUGUAGAAGAACUUAGACAGAUACAUGCUGAUAUAAAUGCGAUGGAAAGUGUAAUAAAAAAAGCUGAAGAAUCUAGAAAUCGUUCUAUGGAACGUGCUAAACAAGUCCACGAUGAAUAUAAACCUCUUAAAACAGACAUUGACCUUAUGCGUAGAGAUUUACUUGGUCUUGAACGGUUACCAGAACUUCACGAAGAAGAAAGUGAUCUUGUGCGACCAGAUUUAUUUGUCCAAACCUAUUUUGAGAAACAAAUCAAACCCGCUGUGUCAACACCCCCAAAUUCAGAUUGGCAUAAUGGCGAUAGUGUGCAGAACUUAACUCAAGCACAUCAGCAUGCUCAAGCAGCUGUAGCAGCUUUUCUUGGAUCUCAAGCAGCUCCACUUCAACAACUUGCCACAAGUAGCAAAAUGGUUAAUGGUGGACCUGUAGAUACUAGACCAAUACCUCCAAUUCCUGGACCACCAGCAUUCAGACAACAACCACCACCAAUGAAAUCAUGCUUAUCGUGCCAUCAACAAAUUCAUCGUAAUGCUCCAAUUUGUCCAUUAUGUAAAGCCAAAUCCAGGAGUCGUAAUCCGAAAAAACCAAAGAAAAAAGAUUAA